CGUACAGAGAGAGUACGGUUUCAAAGCAGUCAGAAAAAGAACGGGAAUGCUGUUCAGGAAAUUCUUCAGGCAUGGGCAGGGACUUGGCUGCAAUUCUGCAGUUGGAAAAUCUGACUGGGGCAGCUUCUGAACACGGGCUGGGCCUGCUCACACUCACACUCGGCGGGCUGAGCGACGGCCUCCCGGGCACGCUCUGGGACUCUGGGCGAUUUUCAUCAGCUGCUUUGGGAAACCGGGGAGAGAGAUGCCUCAGGAACAGUACACACACCACCGGAGCACCAUGCCCAGCUCCGAGGGGCCACAGGUAUACAAGGUGGGCAUUUAUGGCUGGCGGAAAAGAUGCCUGUAUUUCUUCGUCCUGCUCCUGAUGAUUUUAAUACUGGUGAACUUGGCCAUGACCAUCUGGAUUCUCAAAGUCAUGAACUUCACAAUUGAUGGAAUGGGGAAUUUGAGAAUCACAGACAAAGGUCUAAAACUAGAAGGAGACUCCGAAUUCUUGCAACCUCUCUACGCCAAAGAAAUCCAGUCCCGACCAGGUAAUGCCCUGUACUUCAAAUCAGCCAGAAAUGUUACAGUGAACAUUCUCAAUGACCAGACUAAAGUGCUAACUCAGCUCAUCACAGGUCCAAAAGCCAUAGAAGCUUAUGGCAAAAAGUUUGAAGUAAAGACAGUUUCUGGAAAAUUGCUCUUCUCUGCAGAUAACAACGAAGUGGUGGUAGGAGCUGAAAGAUUAAGAGUUUUAGGAGCCGAGGGCACAGUGUUCCCUAAAUCUAUAGAGACACCUAAUGUCAGGGCAGACCCCUUCAAGGAACUAAGGUUGGAGUCCCCGACCCGGUCUCUGGUGAUGGAGGCCCCCAAAGGAGUGGAAAUUAAUGCAGAAGCCGGCAAUAUGGAAGCCACCUGCAGAACCGAGCUGAGGUUGGAGUCCAAAGACGGAGAGAUUAAGUUAGAUGCUGCGAAAAUCCAACUACCUAGACUGCCUCACGGAUCCUACACACCUACAGGAACGAGGCAGAAGGUCUUCGAGAUCUGCGUCUGCGCCAAUGGGAGAUUAUUCCUGUCCCAGGCAGGAGCUGGUUCCACUUGUCAGAUAAACACAAGUGUCUGCCUUUGAGAGACCAUCCAUAGUGGACGUUGUCGGCAGCAGAAAGGCCAUUUUUGGCUUUAGACCCUGGCUGCCAGCUAUUUUUACUAGAACACAGAAAGCCUAUCAAAGACCUUGUGCGUGUGUGUGUGCGUGUGUGCGUGCGUGCGUGCGUGUGUAUGCGUGUGGGUGGAUAUAAAUAUAUAUAAAUAUAUAUAAAUAAAUAUAUAUAUCCUCUGUAUAAAAUGAGGUUUCAGUACAAAAGGAACCAUGGGUGACCCUGUGAUACACCGUCAUUUCCAUGUCAACCCCACCACCUACAUGAUAAGAUCAAAAACACUGAUGCAGACCCAACAUUCCUCACACCCUUCCAAAUCACACAGUAUAUCAGACACUUAACCGAAUAUUCACCAACAUGUUUGAGGAGCCACGUGUCUUCCCCUUUAGUGUCAUUACAGGGCAGUGAUGGCGGGAAUCUCCAAGUCACGCUCGAGCAGUGAGACCCUUGUAUUGAAAUAGACAUUUCGUUUCCAUUUUUAGCUUUAGGAAGGCUGGCCCACAUCCCCCUUUUCAAGCGAGGGAUGGGGCAGUGCCACAGAAGUCAGCUGCAGGAACACAAAAGGGCUGUUCUCCCUUCACGGCCAAAUGUACUGGGACUUUUGUAGUUGCAUGAAUGUGGAGGAUGAAUUUCAGUGAAGUUUAAACUGCUCACCCAACUCCUGCUAGCCUCCUUCAAAUAUCACGUAUUAUCCCACAGUCAAAAUAGGAGUUGUAAAUCAGCACAAAAUAGGAUAACAGCUGCUCCUCAGUCGGCUGGAAGCGACUCCGUGGCCUGACAGGCAAAGAAUACGUGGGUGGUGUGUCUCUGUUUAAAGGACAAAAUGGCUCCAAGUCUGCUUCAUCCUCACUUCUGACUUUAUCCAGCAGACUCCAGCCCCAAGUGAUCGGGUCCAUCAAAACCGUUAAGAGAGGAACCCUUACCUGAAGAGAAGCCAUUGAGGGACAGAAACCUAAUUAAGAACAGCAUAGAAAACCUAAUUAAUUUUUCUAUGUAUCCUGGGAUUGGUAGGUAAUUUGGAGACUCGCCUUUUCUUUCUAAAGGCAUGCACAAACUCUGGCUUCCAUCUUCUUCUAUAUAUGUUUGUUGGGCUAUUCAUACUCCUAAGGUCACCGUUAUGUUUUCUCCAAGAAUAGUGACCCAAGAAUCACAGAUCUGAAAUGCAUGCCCCCAGAAAUGGUCACUGGAAAUUAAUAUAAACUGAGUCACACGUCUCUCUCAGGCUCACUGUGUUCCCAUGGCCCAGCAGCAUCAUGACCCGAUACGUGGAAGCGGCUCCCCGGUUCCCGCCAUCAGCUACCUCUCACCCCUCCACCUUCAUCUUCGUGCUCCAGGGUCACCCUGGCCAGCUCUUGUGCUGGGACAGGGGAUUACACCAUCUCUGUUCAAAGAGGGGGAAAUGUGCCUAUGCCUUAAGUCAAUGCACUCAGCAAGGAGAAGCACAUCCUGUUUAUCUUGUUGUUACAACUGUAGUUUAUUUUGGGUGAUUGGAGGGGAAUGGUUCAGUCAUGAGUGGGCCUCUUAAAAGCUGGUAGACUAACCAAGUGGCUGACAGAAGUGGCCUCUCCGGAGCCCAAAUGGAGUCAUAACUGGCUUAGACAGUCCCGGACGCCAUUUGCCAAGCAGCAGCCCCACGACCCUAAAUGAGAUUGUAUUUGUAGGCCCGAAUGACAUUUGUGUUUUCUUCAAGGUUUUAAUUUUUCUUACUUCACAAGCGGGGGGAGAUUUGUCAUUGGCAAUGAAUAACAGAUUUGAUAUUUUUGAGAGGACACUCCAGCAUCAGGCUGAGGUUUGCAUACAAAGGAUAUAAAAGUAAGCUGUGUGUUGCUUAGUCACUUAGGAGCGGGUGGGGGCCAAAAUGGGGUGGGGGGUCCUAGCCUGACCAGCAGCCCUGCUGGCUUCCAGACCCUAUAUUCCCUCCAGUCACUCCUCCUCCGUAUCCCAUGUAGAAGAAUUGAGUUGUUCAAGGGCAACAACUGCUACUUAGUUUGUAGCAGUAGAGGCUAAAAAGGAUAACCCUAAGAAGGUGCCAAGUUGCUUUGGAUUGGCAUUAUUUUUAUCCUGUAGGAUCCGACUGCUAGCAUCUGCCUGUAUUACAUACAGGGUUUUGCCAAAUAGGAGAGCCGCCCUCCACCCCGCUUGGCUACGAGGAACAUCUUCCCCAUGUCAUUCAGACAAACAAUAGUAGCAGUGAGGCCCUCUGUAGCUAAAUACCUUAACACAAAAUGUUUUUGAGCAGACAGACCAUCUUUGUGUUUUGCCAUCCCAAGUACAGAAUCUAUGGAUGACAAGAAAAACAAAAGGUUCCCUAAACCUCUUUCCUCUGAUUUUGUUCUUAUCACCAUAGGAAAAUCUGAGAUCAGAACCUUGGGGAUUUUAUGCCAAUAAAACAUAGUGAUGU